AUGGUACACUGGUUCCGCAGCAGUGCGUGGGAUCCUGUCCUCUUGAUAAGUCAGAUAAUCUUCAUGCAGUGCCUCUUCUACGGCACCACAGGAGCACUGUGCGCCCUCUUCAGUCCCAUCUCGAGGUGGCACACCAGCCUCCGACUCCUGUUGGACGACAGUGAGUUGCGUUUUCGUGACCUUCAAGGGCGCUGCCUGAUCUCCGUUUUCCUGGUGGCCGCUGUACUAUGCGCCCUCGGUCUGUGGCGCAUCGUCCGACGCACCAAACUUUGUCUGGACUUUACCUGCACCCUGUACUUUUGGCAUUUCAUAUUCUGCACCAUCUACACCUCCUCGUUCCCCGUGUCUGUCGCUUGGUGGCUCACUGUAACCGUCUCUAUCAUCUUGAUGACACUGAUGGGUGAAUUCCUGUGUAUGCGGACAGAAAUGCAGGCGAUCCCGCUUGGGGAUGCUGCCAGAAGUGUUGUUUAG